GAUAGCUCUUUCAGUCGCGGACAAGCCGCCACGCGAGGAUAACAUUCCGCACGGUGACAUAACGCGAUAAUACUCGUUCGAUAAUACUCGUGAACAUUACCAGGAUCUUGUCAUUCUCUUCUCGCAACGUUCAUCGAGAUCGUCCGUUUCCGGAUAUCACCGAGUUAAAAGAGAAAUAAAAGAGAGAAAUAAAAAGUAACAAGAAAAGAUAAAACAAAACAGAGAAGCAGAGACAGAGAGAGAAAAGGAAAGAAAGAAAGAGAGAAAGAGAAAGAAAGAAAGUAAGAAAGAAAGAGAAAGAGGGAUCAAGCAACAGAAGAAGGAGAAAGAAGAGCAAGAAGAAAACGAAGAAGAAGAAGGGUGAAGAAAUAAAUUGAAACAAAAAAAGGAAGAAAAAAGAAGGAAGAAAAAAGUCAUACGCAAGAAAGAAAGAAAGAAAGAAAGAAGGAAGGAAAGAAUGAAAAAAUAGAAAAGAAAGGAGAAAGGAUAAGAGAAGAAAAAAAUAAAUAAAAAGAAAAAAGAAAGAAAGGAGAGAAAGGAAGAAGUACGGGAAAAGGAAGAAAAGAAGAGAAGAAUUUAGUGUGAUCUUUCAUGGGAAAUAACAUGGGUGUUAGAAGAAUCAAAGAGAGACAGAGAGAAGGAUAGAGAUAUAUAUAUACAUAUAUAUAUAUAUAUAUACAUAUAUAUAUAUAUAAAUAUAUAUAUAUAUAUAUUUAUCAAAAGGAAAUAAACGAAGCGAGAAGAGACAAGCGCGUAAGGGUGCGUUCGUGCGUACGCGCACUUUGUGUGUACGUUUGUGUGCGCGCGCGUGGGUGUAUGUGUGUCCGUGUGUAUGGUGUUUGGUGAGUGUGCGCGCGCGCGCGCGUGACCAAAAGAACGAGCAACAGAACGAGCGAGCUUAUCGUCGCGAUGAAAAAGACUUUGUGAAAAGGGAGUUUUGAAAGUAACACCGAAGGGAUUAUCUGGCAUCGAUUAAUGUAUAUCACGAUCCGUGCUUAAUGGAGCGAGGCCAAGCCGAGUGCGGUGUACGAGGAGGAUGACGAGAGGUUGCUGGAGGACGAAAACGACGACGACGACGACGACGACGACGACGAAGAAGAAGAAGACGACGACGACGAGAACGACGAGGACGACGAGGAGAACGAAGAGUAGAUUCGGAUUGGAGGAUUUUUCCAAGAUUUUCAACACGUUCGUUCGGACACGUGCCGAAAGGGAAGAAGCGCGCGCACGACGAUGCAGUUAUUACUCGCGUGCUGCUCGUGAAUAGCGAUCGUUUGUGCGCGUGCGAUCUUCUCUCUCUCUCUCUCUCUUUCUCUCUCUCUCUUCCGUGUGUGUGUGUGUGUGUGUGUGUGUGUGUAGUAUGUAUAAUACGUUUCUGCGAGAAAGAGAGAUAAAGAGUAACCAUCUCUCUCUUUCUUUUGCUUCCUUUUUUCCUCUCUCUCUUCCUUUCUUUGUCUGUCUCUCUCUGGUUUAUUUAUACGUGCGUGUUCCCUGUGUAUUUUAUUCGCCUAGGGCGGGAAAGUCGUUAAAGAAAAUUUGAGCGAGAAAGAGAUUGUGUGAGAGAGAAAAAGAGAGAGCGAACGAGUGAGAGAGCGAACGAAAGAAAAAAGAGAAAAAGAGAAAAAGAAAGAGAACGAGUGAGAGAGAGAGAAGGAAAAAGAGAGACAGAGAGGGAGUAAAAGAGAGAGAGAGAGAGAGAUGAAGAGAGAGAAAGAGAGAGACGUUUUCCGAGACGCGGAAUAUCGCACGUAAUAUCGCGAAAACGACGACAGCCGAGGAGAAGGAACGAACACGGGAAAGGAGAUAAGCGUUAAACGGCCGAGAAGAAGGAGGAGAAGGUGGAGAAGGAAGGAGGAGGAGGAAGAGAGAAAGAGUGUAGUACGACGAGCGUGUAACACACAGUGUCGUACUAUCUGUGCACCGUGUUGUAUGUGACAGUGUUAUUUACCAAGUACGCGUCCGUGACGUCGCGAGUGACUGACAAUAAACGCGUCGAACGGAAAAGAAGACGCGAUUUUCUUCGAGACACGCGACCCAACGUCUUAUCCAACCCUAUUCUAUCUCUUUUUAUCCUAUCCUCUUGUUUCUUAUACUCGUAGAGAAGAGGAAACUCCGAUAUAUCACGCGUGGAGAUUUUCACGGGCGAAGAAGGAACUAGGAGUGACACGGCGAGGAUGGAGGACCGCCGUGGAAAGUGGCUCUACGCCGUUUUGCAUCUUUUGACGUUUCUCUACAGACACGCCGAAUGUGCGUCGAAAAGUGGUGGUUCGGUAGUCGAGCAUCAUUCUUCGUACUGGGAGCAACCAUUUAGUCAGCCAUAUUUCGAUAACACAACCAAAAGAGAAACAACGACGACGGUCGGCCAAACCGCUUACUUGUAUUGCAGAGUACGCAAUCUUGGCGAUCGUGCUGUUUCAUGGAUAAGAAAACGAGACCUUCACAUACUCACUGUAGGUAUUUUAACUUACACGAACGAUCAACGCUUUCAAUCGUUACACGGCGAUGGAAGCGACGAAUGGACCUUGAAAAUUAGUUCACCGCAAGUCAGAGACAGCGGGACCUACGAGUGCCAAGUCUCGACCGAACCGAAAAUCAGUCAAGCGUUUAACUUGAGCGUAGUGGUGUCGAAAGCGAAAAUCAAUGGCAAUUCGGAAUUGUACAUCAAAAGUGGAAGCGACAUAAACCUGACUUGCAUCGUACUCCAAACACCGGAGCCGCCAUCCUUUAUUUAUUGGUACAAGGGCGAUCACGUUAUCAAUUACAGUCAAAGAGGUGGGAUCAAUGUUGUGACGGAGAAGCAAACGCGAACUUCGCGUCUUUUAAUAUCGAAAGCGUUGCCAGCUGAUUCUGGAAAUUACACGUGUGCCCCGUCCACGGCUGAAUCAGCGAGCGUUCUGGUCCACGUUCUGAACGGUGGGAGAACAUCCGGCAGCAAUGCAGCAUGGAAAUUCAAGUAACAGCGGUGCUGCCACGAGGACACUAGCAUUGCUGCUCUUGCUUCUGCACGCCGGAUCCUUCGCGAGGUGACUGGUCGAUUGCGAGGACGUUCUGUAAACGCGCCAACAUCGAUCGUCUCUCCAUCCCUCUUUUCUGAUAGAGGGACAGAGUGUGGAGUAAAAGAGAAGAAGGAGAUUGUAAAAGGGGGAAGAGAGAGAGAGAGAGAGAGAAAGAAAGAGAGAGAUAGAGAGAGAAAGGAGAGAGAGAGAGAUAGAGAGAUAGAGAAAGAGAGAGAAGGAAGAAAGUAUCUAUCGUUGGGAGAAGAUGGAGAAGGUGGUGGAUAUGGUGGUGAAGGUGGAGGAGGAGGAGGAGAAGGAGAAGGAGGGGGAUAGGGAGAAUGAAGCACAUCGAGCGUAACGAGCUUGUUGCAUCGACGGAAACCCCAUGCAUCACCCUCGAUCUUCUUCCUUCCCGAUAACUCCGCGCCGAUAACUUUGCACACGAGUACGAUGUAGCACCGUGUGUGUAUGGGUCUGUUCGUGUGAGUGUGUAUGUGUAUAGCUCUCUACACAUACGAAUGUUGAAUCUGUCGUACGUACGUACUUAGGUAUGUAUGUUGUGUGUAUGUAUGUACGUAUGUGCCUGUGACGAUGUUGGCUAUCGCGUUGGGAUAACGGGACAACCGGAGUCUCGAACGGACCCUAAACGGACCUAAAACUCUGUUGGAUCCACCAUUCGACUUGUCCUUCGAGUUGGCAACUGCUUCGAACUACCGUCGCGUUUCCUCUUAUUAUAUAUCUUUUACCCCUAAAGUGACGUAAACCGGCUUUUGUGUCGUGUAUUUUCCUUCUCUCUCUUCCUUUCUCCCUCUCUCUCUCUUACUCUUACUCUUACUCUUGCAACAUCUCUCUAUUUAUCCAUCUAUCUCUUCUACCUAUCUAUCUAUCUAUCUAUCUAUUUAUCUACCUAUCUCUCUCUCUCUCUCUCUCUCUCUCUCUCUCUCUCUCUCUUCCUUUGUCUCUUCUUCUCUGUCACUUCCGUAAGUAUGAUCCCAACAAAUAAGAUAAAGAGAAAGCAAGCCAGAUAGAGAUAGAGAGAGAGAGAGAGAGAGAGAUCUUAAACCCAUCUACGGACAAACCAGACAACGCUACACUUCCAGGACUUAAGUGUGCUUAAGGCAUGUGACACGUGCAAGUCGAAGAACGGCCGUCGGACUCAAAGCCGCACCCUCCACCUCCGUACAUCUCCUGUCGCUUUUUUGUAUCUGCUCGUGUAGGCUCUUAGGAUCAAUGUCGUCGUUGUCAUCGUCGUCGAUGUGAAAGGAAGCGAAGGAAAUCCUGCCGUGUACUGAAAAAAAAAAGAAAUCCUGUGGAUAAUGCAAGACUGGACCAUUUAGUGGACUCUAUAUAUAUAUAUAUAUAUAUAUAUAUAUAUAUAUAUAUAUAUAUAUUCGAGGUGGGAGUGAAUCAGUAGUUUCCUGGACUUCUUAGUGUUUUAUCGAAAAAAUAAUAUAUAUAUAUAAAAUAUAUAUAUAAAAAAAAUAUAUAUAAGAAAAAACGUUAGAAGUGAUUUCUUUGAGAGGACAUAAAAAUAUUCUGUGAGAGUGAAGAAAAAAAAAAUAAUGUCAGACUUGUUCGUUAGCUGAAUGUCCAGUAAAGAACAUUCGCUAUGAUUUUUUUUUCAGAAACAACGCUUUCCAUCUGUGUAGCUUUUUGAACGAGUUAUCGUCGUCGUCGUCGUCGUCGUCAUCGUUGUCGUCGUCCUCUUGAAAAAGAGAAAGAGAAAGAAAGAACAAGAAUAAAAAUAGAGAGAGAGAGAGAGAGAGAGAGAGAGAGAAAGAGAAAGAAAGAGACGGUGAGAAAAGUACGAUUUUCUUAAUAAAUUUUAGAAAUAUAUUAAAAAUACUUAAGUUAUAAAUCUUUUUGAAUUGGCCUAAAAAUAUGAGAUCUUUUUUCACGAAGAUUUGCGAGAUUGCAUAAUCUUUCAAGUUUCAACUUAAUCUAGUCCUUCAUCUAUCUCUCUCUAUCUCUCUUUAUCUCUCUCUCUCUCUUUCUUUUUCUUUUAUUCUUUCUUUUUUCUACUGAGCGAAUGCACUCCAGUGAUACUUUCUUUUUCAUAUUUUCCUUUAUAAGCAUACGCUCGUCAUUCCAACGGAAUAAUGCUGUCGGUUAUAACGUGUAUGCACGUUUACGUCAUCUUUCCUCGCUUCGGGUUAUUAUAAUAUGCAUCAUGCAACAAAAGAAGAUAAUGUCGUAAUGUUGUAAGAAUUUAUAACGUUUAUAUCAUAUUCAUAUUUUUUCUUACUACUUUUUUCUAUGUCCUAUUUUUAUUUUCAUUUUUAUUUCUAUCAUUAUUUCUAUUUUUCCUUUCUUUGAUUUUUGUUUUUUUUGAUUGUCUCUCCUUUUUAUUUUUUUUUAUUUUUUUUUUUUUUGAUAACUCGUAAAACAUCUCUGUCUCUUUUUUUCGCGCUCACCUCUCUUUCUUUCUCUCUCUCUCUCUUUCUCUCUCUCUCUCUCUCUCUCUCUCUCUCUUUCUAUCUAUAUAUAUUUGGUUAAUCCAAUUAAAGCAUGACUUUUUUGUUUCUAUUUUGCUCGUAUAAAUAUCAAAUACGUAAAAAUUGAACUAAAUAUAAAAGAAAACAAAAGAGAGAAAAAAAGACAAAUAUUAUAGUAAUAACUUCAUUUCAAUUGAAUUUAUAACGCGCAAAUACGAUUAAAAUUGACCAAAUGAUUAAUAUCAUUACACAAAUAUAGAAAUUGGUGGGAGCGAUGAAUUAAUUAACAGAAAGUUAUGUAUCUUUUUUGUUGUUAAAAAUUAAUACCUUGUUAAAUAUCGAAGUACGUAAAGGAAUCACGCGUAUUUAUCUGUGAUUUAACGAAGUACGUAUUAUCAUAAAAAUUGUUAUUACCAUUUCGAUGGAUUCAGUAUUGAGAAGAUUAAUUUUUGUUACAUUUGAUGCGAUAUUAACGUGAAUAUCGUUUCUCAGAAUCUCUUAAUGGCGUUAAAUUUUAAAUGAGCUUGUUACAUCAAUCUCUCUCUCUCUCUCUCUCUCUUUCUCUCUCUCUCUCUUUCUCUCUCUUUUUCUUUCUCUCUCCAUGUUUUUUUCCUUGUUGUUCUCUUUUCUGUUCUUUACUUUUUUCUCAUUGUUCUUUUCAUUUCUUUUUCUUUUUUUUUUUUUUUUGAAAAACCAUUAGAACAAGAUCCUUCGAUAUCAUGGUUGGUUGCUUAAUAGAAAAUCUUCGAAUAAAAUAGACCGUAAAUUCGAUAAACGUGAAACUAUUGAAAGGAUCAUAACUCGAAAUUACGCGAGUAUAUAUAUAUAUAUAUAUAUAUAUAUAUAUAUAUAUAUAUAUAUAUAUUUCUCUUUUAGCCUCAACGAAAGAAAAGGCUUACGGAAAAUCUUUUUCUAUAUCCCUUACCUCAAUCCCCGUUUUUCCUUACCAUUUCUAUUCUUCAAUAUCGAUCCAUCGAAAUAAAAGAAUUUUUUGAUAGUUUAAUUAAUCCUUGAAAAUCUUCGAUUUUUCUCUCAUUUUCUAUCUUCUAACUUUAGACGAGGAAAUUCAAUGAAUGCGAAAGUUCGAUCGUCGAUAAAACCCCACUUUUCUUUUCUUCGCGAAAAACAGAAGCAGAGUUCUUUUAAACAGAAAGAAAGAGAGAGAGAGAGAAAAUGAAAGAGGUCAAGGACUCCAAUGAAAUGGAGCAUUUAAAAGGAAUUUCAGUAGAAAGCAACGACUUGCAAUUAUUUCUUCGAUCGAAGCGACACGUGCCGUAACAACGGCUUAAUAGUAUUAUCCGACAUUGACAAACGAUUCGUUCGAGAUGGAGGGAGUCGCUCGAAAUUAAUAGCCGUUAAACUCGCGACGAUCGUUCACCAAAUCUAUUCUUUCUCUUUUUCAUUCAACGUUUGUUUCGAAUAUAUACGUAUAAGUGUGUGUGUGUGUGUGUUUCGACGAGACAUUCUUUUUUUCUUUUUUUCUUUCUUUUACAAUAAUUUCAAAAGCAAUUCGACGUUCGUCAUUACCUUCGUUCGUUGUUAAACGUUGAAACAUUCAAAUGUAAUAUUAUUUUAGAAAAAGCUAUUAUUCUUUCUUAUAAAAACUGAUUUCCUUUUUCUUUUUUACUUUCAAACGCAACGAAACGUCGAUUUUAUAUUUCUCUAUUUUCAUUUCUCGCGAUACUCGAUAUACUAAAGUUUUAUUGAAUUUUUGACAGUAUUCUGUAAAGAGAGUUUUAGUCUUACGAAAGAGGAUGAACGAGACGAAGAUCGAGAGAAAGACAAAGGGAGAAAGAAAGCGAGAGAGAGUUACAAAUACGAUAUAAAGGGAUGAUUGGGAUGAAAGACAAAUACAAAAGAAUAACGAUCGAUAAAUUGUAUACUUCGAUCUUUCAUUCGUUCUUCAAACUAAUGAGAAGUUUCCUGACUCGAUAUUUCCUCUGUUCUAUCGACACAAAGAAUAUACACACACAUAUAUAUAUGUAUGUAUAUAUAUAUUUAUAUAUGUAUGUAUGUAUAUAUAUAUGUAUUUUAUUCUAUAACAAAGUUUUCAUGCUAUAGAAUGCGAGAGAAAAAGAUUUUCAAUGAAUAGCUCGGUACUAAUUGGCUUGAAAGAGAGAAAUAAAGUUUCAUUUUAUUUUUAUUAUUAUUUUUAUCUUUCAUUUAUUUAUCUGUUUUUUUUUUAAUAAUUUUUAUGGCGAAUGGAAAAGAGAAAAAGAUAGAUAGAUAGAUAGAUAGAUAAAUAGAUAGAGUUUGAAAAAGAAAAAAGGAUACUAAUCGCAACGAGACAUAUACGAUAAUAAAAUCUAUAAUGACAUUUUUAUUUUGCCACGUGGACAUAGAACUCUUUACGAUAUCGUUAAAAUGCACCUACGUUGUUCAAUUUCGUAGCACGUACCAAUUCCGGAAAUAAAUUUCACGAAUAAAGGAAUUGGUUGGAGUGUGAGUCGGUGAAGGUUUUGAGAUGUUCGAAAAACGUCAGGUUCGUCGUCGCGUGACGAACGCGAUUUGUCACUCAAUUUCGUCGACGUCUCGUCCUGUACGUCGGAUGUUGUCGCGGAAAAAUGGCGCGGAUUUUUCAAUUGGACACAUUUUUAACACGUCAACAAUGGAUUGUCUCCUGUUUCAAAAGUCGAUCGAAAAAACAAAAAAAAAAAGAAAGAGUAAAAGAGAAAAGAGAAACAGAAAGAAAGAAAGAAAGAAAGAAAGAAAAAAAAAGGAAUAAGAAUAAAGUAAAUAAAACAAAAAAAAGAAGACACAAAAGAGAGAGAGAGAGAGAGAAAAAAUAAGAGAAAAGAUAAUAAUAGUUCGGGUGAAUGAAAUUAUAAAGAAAAUAGUUGUAUGCGAGUGCAAUCAAAUCGUCGUUUCAAAUGUUGAGUAUCAAAGGUUCGAUCAAACGAUACAAUGAAUCGUUUUAAUCGUAAAUCAGAUAAUUAAUCGUUUAGAAAUCUAUUAAACGAAACGAGUUAACUACUGAUAAUCGAAACGACGAAAGGAAUAAUGACGAAAGACGACGACGUGCGUGCGAAUAGAAACGUUCGUUUAAGACGAAUCGUUUAAAAGCUCUGAAAGAAAAUAAAUAUCGUACUACUAUACUACUUAUUGCGUGUAUGUAAAUACGAUACUAUAAAUACGAUCCGGUCUAACCGUUGUAUACCAUCGAUCACAGAGAUAUUAACAAAGUUUUUCCAACGAAAUUACAUUUUUUUUUCAAUUCAAACUUAAAUCAAGAACAAUGCGUUACGAAUUUUUAAAUGGAUAUAUGAACAAAUUGGUUAUUAGGUUCUUAGGAAGUAUGCGAAGAAUUAAAUUAAAAUGUUUCUUUCUUUUCUUUCUUUUCUUUUCCUCUGUUUUAAAAGCUGAUACAAAUUGUCAAAUGAGAAAUUCUUUUCUUUUCUUUUAUCUUUAAUUUUUAUUUCAUGAGCUUUAUUUUAUAAAAAAAAAUGAAUAUAUAUAUAUAUAUAUAUAUAUGUCUUAGAACUUUCAUGAUUAUUACACAAGAACUUUAAAAUCGAUGAUUAAUAAAAAUCUAAUAGAAAUGAUUGAUCGAUUACGAAUAUAUUACCAGGAUAUACAUACCUAUGAAUAUAUUUAUAAAGUACAUAUAUUCAUUCAUUAUAAAAUGAGAAAACAAUUCAGAUCAAAAAUGAAGAAAAUUCUAAUUUCUUUUUACAAAAAGAAAUUUCUUUUUUCUUUUUUUUUCUAAUCCUUCACAUACUUCACGAAAGCAUAUUAAUUUACUUCGCGUUUACUCGAACAUUUCGAUGAUUUUAAAAGAAAUUUAAAUGUUUUUGUGACUGACUGUACGUUUUUGCACAGAUAUUCGACGAUAGGCAGUUCGAGUAUAAUUCAAGAUCGAUUAGAAAAAGAUUUGAUGAGAGAAAAGAGAAAGAGAAGGAGAGUGAGAGAGAGAGAGAGAGAGAGAGAGAGAGAGAGAAUACGCGCGAAAAUGUUUAAUAUUUUCAAAUAAUCUUUGUUCAUUGCUUGCAAAGUUCAUCGUUAGUUCGAUCGUAACAUCUUUCGAGAAACGUACAGUGACAACAAGUAUAUACUACAUACAUCCAAAAUUCAUAUUUCUUUUCUUCUUUCUUUUUCUAACGUAUCCCUUACGUUCCUACGAAUUUGUUAAAAAAGAAAAAAGAAACAGAAAAAGAAAAAAAAAAGAAAAACAAAGAAAAAAAGCAAAAAAAAAAGAAGAAAAGAAAAAGAAAGCGAACAAAAAAAUUAGAAAUUUUGUAAGAAUGUAGAGGAAGAAGAAAAAAAAAGAUUAAGAAGAAGAAGAAGAAGAAAGAAACACCCUUCACCCCUCCCAAUUCACUAUAAAUAUCAUCAUUUAAAAUAAGUAAUCUAUAGAUAACAAUGAAUAUUGGAUAUAUAAGUACUUGGUGUCGAAAUAUUUUUUCUCCAUCGAUAUUAACGAAGUUAAAGGAAGAAAUAGUAAGAAAUCUACUUGUUUCCAAAACAAUCGAGGACACAUUUCUAUGGUGACAUAAAUAUCUUUAGGACGGAGAGUCUAAGUUUUUAAGCGUUGCCACGAGAAUCGCGAUAUUCAAUAAUUUAUCGCGAAAU